AUGGCUGAACUUUCAGAGCCAGAAGGUAGUGUAAACUGGAAGGAAAGAUGUUUAACUCUGGAGUCACAGUUAAUGAAAUUCCGUCUCCAGGCAAGCAAGAUCAGAGAACUGUUAGCAGAAAAGAUGCAGCAGCUUGAGAAACAAGUGAUAGAUGCUGAUCGUCAAGCAGAGAGAGCUUUUCAGCAGGUGCAGGUCAUGGAAGAAAAAUUAAAGGCAGCUAAUGUUCAAACGAGUGAAUCAGAAACCAGGCUGUAUAAGAGAUGUCAAGAUCUGGAGAUCCUGAUACAAGAUAAAAAUGACGUAAUACAAAAAUUGGAGCAACAACUUGAAGAACAGAAGCAAAUAAGACUGCAAGAAGCAAAAAUCAUAGAAGAAAAAGCAGCUAAAAUAAAAGAAUGGGUGACAGUCAAGCUCCAUGAGUUAGAGGUGGAAAAUCAGAACCUUCGCUUGAUCAACCAAAAGCAAACCAAAGAGAUGAAAACAGUACGAUCUAAACUGCAAGAAGCUACGGGCAAGAAAUCUUUAACUUCAGCACAAAAACCUGGAGACUGUCAGCGACUAAGCAGUUUGACUUUUGGAUGCUUUUCAAAUAGAGCAAGAAGUCCUCAACCGUCUCCUAAGUUUGAAGAAAUAAGCAAGUCUUCAUCUAAAGAGUCGGACUACACUGAAGGCAAGAACAUGCUAGAGAAGGAUAUCCUGGAAACUACCUUUGCUGGUCCCGCACACGAGACCAAUAAUGGUCAGAAGUCACUGCAAAAAAGUUCCUCUGGGUCAGAGCAGAAGAAAAACGUGAGGAUAAGCUGUUCAUCCAAAGAUAUAGACAGCGACAUGUCAAAGAACUCCUGCACUACCGGGAGUGACUGGAGCUCAGACGAGGAUGGAGGAGACAACAAAGGACUGAAACCCAGGUGUGCAUCGACUCUUUCGAGCCACACGUCCGAAGAGAGUGCAAGGUACAGUAGAGUGGGAAGUGAAAUGUAUUUGACAGCAUCUGAUGACAGUAGUUCUCUAUUUGAAGAGGAGAGUUUUGGUGUUCAGAGAACUCAGCAGCACAAGAAGUUUUACUCCUGGCAGCAAGGGUCCCAAAGAAAAGGCCAGAACAAUGCGGGUGGAAAGUGCAACUCCGACUUCUCAAGUAAAAAGAAAGACCAAGAUAGUUCUUCAGAUGAACUGAAUAAGAAAUUUCAGUCUCAGAGGCUAGAUUAUUCAUCCUCAUCCAGUGAGGCAAAUACCCCAAGUCCAAUUUUAACCCCCGCUCUGGCAACCAAACACCCAAUUCUAGCCACCUCCGCAGGUUCUCAGGGCACAGCACCAUCGGAUUCUCCAUCAAAUUUGCCACCUCCAAAGUUACGGACUCCUAAUGUGUUUAGCAUAAAUUCAGCAUUAGCAAAGAAACAUCUAAGCCAGCCCCAGCUGAGCUCUGACAAAAUGUUUGGUAGAAAUAGAAACGCCAUAAGCAUGAUACGUCCGUGGAGACCUCAGGAAACAGAUAUUGACCUGGUGGAUGGGGAAGAUACUGAUAUUCUAGAGAAAAUGGAGAUUGGCUGUGAUGAAGGAGUGUUUACCUACGAUUGCACUGAAGCACAAAAUGCUGAAGUCCAGGGAUCUUGUGACACAACAAAAAAAGGUGCUAGCAACAAACCUCCAACCCCACCGUUACAUCGAUUUCCGUCCUGGGAAAGCAGAAUUUAUGCUGUAGCCAAAUCUGGUUUAAGGAUGUCUGAAGCUUUCACCAUGGAAUCUCUUAACAAAAGUGCUGUUUCGCUAACUUCAUACUCCAUAUCCGGAUUAUAUACAUCUCUGAUAUAUAAGAACAUGACUACUCCUGUCUACACCACUUUGAAAGGGAAAGCAACUCAAAUAAGCAACAGUCCAUUUAUAGAUGAGUCGUCAGGAUCUGAGGAGGAAGACAGCUCUCGGUCCAGCUCAAGGACUUCUGAGUCUGAUUCUCGAAGCAGAAGUGGUCCUGGUAGUCCUCGGGCUAUGAAACGAGGUGUGUCCCUGUCCUCUGUGACCUCAGAAAGUGACUAUGCUAUUCCUCCAGAUGCAUAUUCAGUAGAUACAGACUACUCAGAGCCAGAGCAGAAACUUCCCAAGACCUCUUCCUCAUCUAGCGAUAAUGGAAAAAAUGAACCUUUGGAAAAAUCUGGAUAUCUGUUAAAAAUGGGUGGUAAAGUAAAGACCUGGAAGCGACGGUGGUUUGUGCUUAAAGGAGGUGAAUUACUAUACUACAAAUCUCCAAGUGAUGUCAUUCGAAAACCUCAAGGUCAAAUUGAGUUAAACGCAUCCAGCCAUAUUGAAAGGGGUGAUGGAAAACAAACAAUUCAGCUGACCACAGAAAAACGAACAUACUACCUGACUGCAGAUUCUCCCAACAUCUUAGAAGAAUGGAUCAAAGUACUACAGAAUGUUCUGAAAGUACAGGCUGCCAGCCCACUUUUCAUACAGCCUGAAAUCAAGCCAACCAUGAAGGGACUGCUUACAAAGGUGAAACAUGGAUAUUCCAAAAGAGUUUGGUGCACCCUAGUUGGAAAAACUCUAUAUUAUUUCCGUAAUCAAGACGACAAGGUAGGUCCCUUACUUAGA